CUUUGUACUCUUCGAAACAGAACUUCAACGACCAGCUUUGAAGCUUUGAACACAAAACCAACACCAAUCGUUGUUUGACAGAACAAACAACGUGGUAGAACAAAAACAUAGAGAGAGAAACUCACACUACAAAAUCAUCAUCAUCAUCAUGCACUAGAGAGAGAGAGAGAGAGUGGUGUCCUUUGACUAAGCCUAAGCCGGCAUAAGCCGACUAAGGUUGUUGUUUGGUUGAUGAUAAUGUUCUUUUUUGUGUCUGAAUACGCGUUGAAUUUUCCAUCACACUUUUCUCUUUCCUCUUAAUUCCAAUUCAAAGGUCUUCUAAGUAGUAUUUUUUUUUUUUUUUUUUAAUUUAAUGCCAUGUUUUAUAUAAGUGUUUUCAUAUUCACCCCACAACAACCUUAAUUUCAUGCCCUUUAUUUUCUUCCUUGGAAAAAUGUUUCCUUUUUGUAUUGGGAUCUGACUUUCAUGUUUGAUUCUAAGUUUACUGCUUCAGAAUUCAAUUGGGUCAGUUUGGAAUCUUCAAAUAUUUGAUUCAUGGUUGAAAAGUUUCAAUCUUUGCUUUUGGAAUAUUGUUAAAAAAGUGGUAGUUGUAGUUCUAUUUAGUGUGACUUUGUUCAUGAGUUUUGGUGAGGUUGUUGAAAGAAAUUUUGUUGUUUUUGAAGGAUGGUAUUGUAAUUGUAAUAUUACUAUAUAUUACAUAGUUGAAGUGUUAUUAUAUCUUUUGCUGCUGCAAAAUGGGUUGUAUAUGUUCCAAGAGUUCAGCUGUAGAAGACAACAAUGAAAGUAUAUCAAAGAAAUUGCAAUCAAUUAGCACAAGAACUUCAGAGUUGAAUGUUUUGAGGUUGAAUUCUUCGAAGAGAGUUGAGGGUGGAAGUGAUGUGAAAGUGAAAGCUUCAUUGAAUGAAAAGAAAUCCAAUGGUUCGGUGCACUUGUAUGAUGAUAAAAAUGGUAGGAAGAAGAAAAUUGAGAAGACUGAAUUUACUGUUAUUGAUCGUCCUGGUCUUGGAAAGGUUCCAAAGGCUAUAGAAGGUGAACAAGUUGCAGCUGGUUGGCCGGGGUGGCUUUCUUCUGUUGCUGGUGAUGCUAUCAGAGGAUGGAUACCGCGAAGUGCAGAUACUUUUGAGAGGUUACAUAAAAUCGGGCAAGGAACUUACAGUACUGUUUAUAAGGCACGUGACGUGACUAAUCAAAAGAUUGUUGCAUUGAAGAAGGUGCGGUUUGAUAAUCUUGAUCCUGAGAGUGUCAAGUUUAUGGCAAGGGAAAUACAUAUUCUGCGUAGGCUCGACCAUCCAAACAUAAUCAAAUUGGAGGGCUUGAUAACAUCAGAAACAUCUCGCAGCUUGUACCUUGUUUUUGAGUAUAUGGAACAUGACCUAACAGGACUUGUAUCAAAUCCGAAUAUCAAAUUCUCUGAACCACAGCUGAAGUGCUACAUGCAUCAACUUCUUAGUGGAUUGGAUCAUUGUCAUAGUCAUGGUGUCCUCCACCGCGACAUAAAGGGUUCAAAUCUUCUCAUCGACAAUAAUGGUGUUUUAAAGAUUGCCGAUUUUGGUUUGGCAAAUGUUUUUGACUCCCAUCACAAUAUUCCAUUGACUAGCCGUGUAGUAACUCUGUGGUACAGACCACCUGAACUUUUACUUGGAGCCAAUCAUUAUGGGGUUGCAGUGGAUUUAUGGAGCACUGGUUGUAUACUGGGGGAACUAUAUACAGGCCGGCCCAUUUUGCCUGGAAAAACUGAGGUUGAGCAGUUGCAUCGGAUUUUUAAACUUUGCGGCUCACCGUCUGAAGACUAUUGGGGUAAGUUGCGGUUGCCACAUUCGACAGUAUUCAAGCCUCCACACCAUUAUAGGCGAUGUGUUGCGGAUACGUUUAAGGAUUAUUCAUCAACUGCUCUUAAGCUUAUAGAGACCCUACUUUCUGUAGAUCCGUCACAACGAGGGACAGCAGCUGCUGCUCUGAAAAGUGAGUUCUUCACAUCAGAACCUUUGCCUUGUGAUCCAUCAAGUUUACCAAAAUAUCCUCCUAGCAAGGAGAUUGACGCUAAAAUGCGUGAUGAAGCAACCAGAAGGCAAGGAGCUGUUGGAGAGAGGGAGCAAAAAGUUGGCUCAGCGGUUAGACAAGAAAAAGGACCUAGGGCCGUUGUCUCAACAAAAGACAACGCUGACUUGGGCGCAUCAAUACAGCAAGUCAAACAUCAUUCCAUCUCAAAGAACCGAAACGAAUUGUCGUAUCCUCAUAGAGAACACGUGUCCGGGACUGAAGGUUUCCCACACAGACAAUCAGAUGUUAGAGAAACAGAAAAUAAUAUAUCUGGCCACUUUUAUAGGAGGCCUUCACAUUCAGGCCCAUUGGUUCCUGGUUCUGGCUGGCCCAGAGGCGUGAAGGAAGUUGAUAAUGGGCCACCUGUUUCAAACAGAGUGAACCUAGCAAAACUAUCCGGGCUUGUAGCAUCUAGGACUUUGUUGUCCGAAGAUCAGGAGCCAAAACCAGUUCCCUUUCUCCACAGAAAACCAAUUGAAGUAAGAAAAUCCGUAGAGGCGGCUAAUGGAUCCGAGUCAAGAAGAAGGCGGGAUAAGAAACGAAUUGUUGAUCACAGUCAAAUUGUAAAUAGAAGAGUCCCAACCGAAAAAUCAACUCCGGAUGGACAUGGAUCCAGCGGAAACAAGAUAUACAUGUCUGGUCCGUUACUGGCUUCAAACAAUAUGGAUCAGAUGCUCAAAGACCACGAUCGUAAGAUCCAAGAGUUUUCAAGACGAGCAAGAGGCUCUAUAAACCGAACUCAAAGCCAUUGCUAUUUCCAGAAAGAUGGUCAGCCUAAUAUAACAAGUGGCAUCUUUCUGGUUUAAGCUGCAGAUUAUUUGUUCACCAUUAGAAAUAAGCAGUAUUUUUCUUCAUUUAAGCUAAGAAAAAUUAUGUUUGCGGUUUUUAAGUUUGACCAUUUUUUCAAAUCGAUUCUUUAAGUUUUUGUCGUUCGUUCCAAAUAAACCA